CUGCAAUGUUUUUUCUUACAGUUGUUUUAGACCGAAAGCAGCUCGCACAAUUCAUCCCAAAGAGAACGUAAACACUUCCAACAGAUUGGAAGGUCUUAUUUAACAGGUCCAGUGUCGUGAAUGUGUUUGUGCAUUAGUCAGAGCACGCUGCGCAUCACGGAGGUAAUCAGGAUUUCAUAGGCUAUAAAUAAGGCCGUAUACGGGACAGCUCGGCCUGCCGCUGAUGUCGGAGAGCUAAAGGUUAAAACCCUUCAAAGAGCUGCAAGCUGCUCCAACAUGGACACACUCUGACCCGCCUCACGGUUGGGAUUCUACUCAAACCGGACCUACGGAGAUAUCCCGCACAUCUCACGCUUUAACACAGAAAGUAUUUGGUUUAUGAACGCAGUGAAGAUCCACCGAGGAGAUUGAUGUUUUUUUUUAGACUUUUUAUUGGCACUCGGCCCGACCUAGACGGACUGUUGCUACAUUUAUGGGACGGUGAAUGUGUCUUUAUCUUUUUAUGCUUUUUACUAAUACCCAGACUCCUGCAGCUCCAGCAGAGAAAGAGAUUUCCUCACGAGGUUGUUUUGGUUUCCGAGGAGGGAAAGGCGAAGUGUUUUUGGGGUUUGAUUUUCUCCUGUGGUGUCUGUGUGGAGCGUGCCACACACCCACUCCACAACAACGACGGCUUUUGCUUGCAUCUUCCAGUGUUUCUUCUGUCAGCAAGUUCAGCAGAGCUGCAACUCUUCCAGUGCCAGUCCUGACACCAGCGAGGAGCCCUGCCCAAUUGACAUGGUGAAGAUGACCAAGUCAAAGACCUUCCAGGCUUACUUGCCAAGCUGCCACCGCACCUACAGCUGCAUCCACUGCCGGGCACACCUGGCCAACCACGACGAGCUCAUCUCAAAGUCAUUUCAAGGCAGUCAAGGAAGAGCCUAUCUGUUUAAUUCAGUGGUGAAUGUCGGCUGCGGGCCAGCUGAGGAGCGGGUACUCCUCACAGGUUUACAUGCUGUGGCGGACAUCUACUGUGAAAACUGUAAAACCACCCUGGGCUGGAAAUAUGAACACGCGUUUGAGAGCAGUCAAAAGUACAAAGAGGGAAAGUUCAUCAUCGAGCUGGCUCACAUGAUCAAGGACAACGGAUGGGAGUGAUGCUCCUCUGUUCUAUUUCUGACCAUAGAAUGCUCUUUAUUGAACUGCGUUGGAGCGACGACCAUCGACCACCCCGCCCCCCCUCCCAAACCCCUCAAAAAAAAAACUCCUCCCCCUCACCUCCUUCACGUGCACACCCACCCACCUGGUCAUCGUGAAACUGAACAGAGCAAAUGACAUACAAAAAAAAAAGAAAAAAAUACGACGACGAGGAAGCGGAGCAACUGUUGAAAAAUCACGUCACAGGAGUCCUGUCGUCACUUUAAAGAUUGUGUGUUCUCCUUCGCAUCGCCGGAGCUUUUUGGGUUUGAACCCCCGCCCGCUCACUCUCACCCCACUCCCCACCACCGAACCAGGCGUAAACAAGUGAUUGUGGUGAUAUGGCGACCACUAUGCGAAAGGAGAGAGACUUCACUGAGGGGACAUGGCUUUGGUUUUCUUUAUUUCGCCCACCAAGCGAGACAGACAAUGAUUAUUUUUUAACGUUAUUUGCUAUAGUUUUAACUUCUGAGUUUGGUAAGGUUUUGGUUUAAUGGCGUAUGGAUGUUACUGGUUAGCAUUUUAUUUCCCUGUCAAGUCUGUCAUGUUUUUUUUUUUUUUUUUGGCUUGUUGUAUCUCUGCCUAUAGCUGAGCAUGCUUUUCUUUGCUAAUGUCCAAAUGAGCAAUCAGGGACAGGUGAGGAGCGGAGGGGAAAGGGAGUUUAUUGUAGUUACACAUAUGUAGCAGCAUCUUGCUUUUAAAAAAAAAAAAAGUUGCAAAGGAUGGGAUUGUAGUAGUGUGGGAUUUUAUUCCUGAUAGUUCUUUUUUUUCUUUCUUGUGAAUUUUCUUUAUUCCCCCCCCUUCCCCCUGGUACUUUUCAGGACCCAAAAAGCAUUGAAAGCAGCACCUACUAUUUGUUUGACAUAAAUGGAUAUAUAUAUAUACAUAUAUAUAAAUAUAUAGAUAUAUAAAUAUGUUUAGUGUUUGGCUAAGUGCGAUUGUGGCUGGUCCCAUUUUGCAGCAAGUGAAAACAACCUGAAAAGAAGCAGAAAUAGUUUCUAGACUGGGGAAUCUGACAUCAGUGGCCACAUGUCAUAAAGCAUUAGGGCAGACUGUAUUAUUCCAUUGUCUAGUAAUGGCACACUAAGAGACACAACCACAUAAGAAUAUAUAUACACCCAUACUAUGAUUACAUAUCCAUAAAUACUAUGAAAAUGUUCGUAGUACGUUGAUAUUGGAACAUGGAUUCUAAAUAUAUAUUAGCUGUCAUGCACAUGUGUAUAUGCAUAUGACUGUGUGUAUAUAUAUAUUGUGCAUGUGUGUGUGUUCACGCAUUACACAGUGACAUACUUGAACGAUGCUACUUUGUUUGCACUUUGCAGAGGCCUUUGGUUCAUUUCAGUUUAGAGGCAAAAAGUUUGUCCGCUUUCGUCUGUUUUUUUUUUAUAAAUGGCCUUCUCACAGAUGAACGUCAGAUUGUUGGAGACGGAAAGAAAAAUUUGACCUGGACGGUUUAAGGGUUUGUUCAUCGUCUCUAUUAGAAGCUUCUAGAUUAUCUGGUUUUAUUUCAGUUAUAUCGAUAAAUUCUGCUUUUCCUCUCAAUUUUUUGCUUGAGAAAAGUGUAGUUUCCGAUUCUUUGCUGCUAUCGUAGAAAUCCUGCCAUAUCCUUCCCGCUCUCGUAGGUCUUUUGCACUUUACAUGCUUAUCCGUCUCUCUCUCUCAAAGCAUAUGAAUUGUCUCUUUGUGAUUUGCCUCUAAGCCAUAUGAAUCUUGUGCCUCUUCAAAACAUGAACAGCCUCCCCUCUUAUUUUCUGUUGUGCAGUGCAUAACUCCGUAAACAUUUGUGUGAACUGAUGUCUUCCCCCUUCUUCUGGUUCAAAAUGGCCCAAAAUCCUCAUAGAGCUCUUCCCUGUUUGUUUUUUUAGUUUUUCUUUGGACAACAGAAACUUGGUAUACAUACAAACUUAUAUUUUCUACCUUAAGAUUUAGAGGUGCAAAAACAGAUAGAUAUUCAGUAUAUUUCUCACCGUAAAGCAUAGAGGAGGAGGUUUGGAACAUGCGGGAUAGAGAUUUAAAAAUCAGCGGUGAUUGACUUUGCCGGCAAGGUCAGUCAGAUCACAUAACUUUUUAUCCUAAAAACGAUGACAAUGCAAACCCUUAAUAGUUAGCAGUGAUAACUACUUGAAAAUAUAAAGACAUAAACAGCUGAGAUGUUGGCCCGUGUUACAGUUUUUGUACAUAAAGUUACAUAUUUAAGGUUUUAUACGUAUUUCUACUGGGUUAGUUCUUUUACUUCCCCAACUUGAAGCACUUUUGUUCUGUGUGUGUGUGUGCGUGUGCGUGUGCGUGCGUAUUAGCCCACAUGCAUGCCUGCACUCAAAAGUGAAUGUUUAGUUUAUUUUCCUCAGAGAGUUUAUUUCUCUUUUGUUUUUCCUCUUUCUUUCGGUUUGGAAGUGUUUUUAUUUGUCCUGUUGUUUUUUUUUCUUUCGCAGCUGUUUGGUUUCUCUCCCGGUGAUCUGUGAGGUCAACAGCCAGGUUAGUUUGUUUGAAAGUGAUUUAUCCCUGUUUUGUUUGUGUUCUGUUAGCUUGUUUAUUUAGCUUGUGUGGUGAGAGCCCGUUAGAGGGCUGAUGUUUAGGUCUCUGCUGAGCCAUGUAGACAACGAGGGCGAGCUGGAAUCUCCCACCAUGUCGCAGGGAGAGCCUUUAUCAAGACCCUUUCGCCAUCACAGUCAGUGUCUCCUGUAUAGAGGGCUUUCAGGGGAUGAAACGCACCCUCUGGCAGCCAUAUUGGAGGUCCUUAUCCUUUGGCAAUGCUGGCUGUGAAUAUCUGAUUGUAUUUCUUGAGAACUUAUUCAUUUUUGUGCUGGUUUUGACUGAAAAUGGAACGGUUACUUCCCUGAUCUGUUUGAUUUAUUGUUUUAAUAAUGUUACCUAAGCUUAGUCACUACAUCCCAGUUCUGGGGCUGCAUUCUUUGAAAGUUUGCAUUUUAAACCUAUUAACAAGUCAAACAAGGCCUGGUCUAUUUUAAACACUCCUUCAAAUGCAGCACUCUGUGUCCCACCAAAUCCACUGCACAGACGUUGUUUAAAGAGCACCUGUUUUAACUGACACCCAGUGAUUCAACUUCACAGCUGGCUGCAGUGAAGUAGAUGUGUACUCCAGGGGUGGGUCAGUACACCAUGACAUCACUGUUGGGUGUGGUUACAGGUGCAACAGAGCAUGUUUUGGACUACAACCAUCAGUGAUGCUGGGUGUGAAACUUUCCACCAGAGAGAUUGAAACAAUACUUUUCAGCCUGGUGUUAUGUUACUCUUUAUUGGUGUAUUCAGCGGUCUUCGUCAAUUUGUAAAGUCGGGAAAUACAGCGUGACCUCAUUGAUAUUUGUGUUCCUGUGGUCAUCAGUGCUGGCAAACUGGCUGAACUGAGUUUACUACUACUAUACACCACUUUGUCAAGCCAUUUCCUGAUGAUAAACUUGAAAAAAACUGAGACUGAAAGUUAAUUAUUGGCCUUGAAAACAGCAGUUGUCGAAAUAAUCUCACCACAGGGUCCGUUUGGUAGCUGUUUAUGAUCUUCCUCAGCAAAUACUUAAAUAUAAAUAAUUAUCAUAACUGGGCCGCUCCAUCUGCUGAACAGCUACCAAAUGGACCUUGUGGUGUGAAUAUUUUCAAUUUCAGUGUCAAUUUCCAGUCAAUUUUAGGAGUGGACAAGGAGCACCUGAAUGUUUUUUAUGUACAUGAUGCUGCUCUGGCCUUCCGGAGGCCAGUUCCUCCAUAGGACACUUUCAAGGGGUGCAUCCUUUCGAAGGUUGCAGCUCCUAAUUUCUGAUGCAUUCACUGUCUGAUAUGAUGAUCACAUCUGGCUGAAAAUGUCAAAAUCCAGCCAUGUGUUUAGUUUUGACUUUUUCCAAACUCGUAGAGCAAACAGAAUGGUACUGGUGACUAAAUUUGGAAACAAAAAAAUAUACCUUACCAGACCUUCAUGUCUGCUUAAAUUUUUACUGAAUGGACCGACAUUAGUCCAACUUGUUAGCCGUUACAUGCACAAAGCCAGUUCCUCCAAGGAAGGACCUCCAAGUUGGCGCCAGCAGUGGUUGCUUGCAGAGCCUCUAUACUCCCCCUUGGAUUAGUCAGUCUAAGUUGAAGCAACAAAAAGCAGUUUCCAGUGUCACCGCCGGUGUAUACCAAAUAAGAACCAGGUUCUAUCGAAUGAUCAGUGUCAUGUAUCAGUGGGCAGGAAGGAAGCCAGGGAUCGAGUGUCUCCUGCAGAUUCAACUGCUAUACCAAAAUUAAAGAGGAGAAAUCCUGUCAUGUAUGACAUUCUGUAGAAUGUCUUGAUUCUCUGAACUUAACAGCGUCAAAGCAGCCUGAAUAAAAAAAUUUAGACAUUUGCUGCUGAAAAGCUGUUUACUUUUAAUUAUUUUUGUUUUUUUUGGGAUACUGGCUACCUACUUUUUGAGCUCUGUAACUUUCUAAAAACAUAACAGAAAGGAUGUUGAUCAAAGGCAAGAUGGGUAUACAGGGGAAAAGAAUGUACAAGUUCUUUUCUUAGGACUGUUAAACUACAGUUUAAGGUCUAAAGCAUGUUGUAUUUAUAAUGGCUAUAUGUCGUGCCUGUUUUAUUAUUAUUUUUUCUUCCUAAAUUUAAAAACAAAUAUAUGCUUUUUAUUUGACUACAUUGCUUUGCAUUCUGUCUUAGUAAAGCCAUGUCACACAUCUGUUUUCACUCUAAUGUAAACUAUCAGAUAUCACAAUAAAUUUUCAAUGGCAUAAA